AUGGCGGCCCCACCGCCUCCCGCGUCCCAGACUAACCCCGCUGUCUCCGCAGGCGUGGCGGCGCAGCGCACGGGCGGCCUCCUCAAGCCCAGCGGCGACCGGCCCAUCGGCGUCACGCCCCCCUCGGGCAACGGCAACCGCGUGGACAACACCCGCCCCCUCCUGCAGCCCUUCAACGGCAACGUCUACAACUCGCACUCGAGCAGCAGCAAGCGCCCUCCGCCCGGGGCCGACCUGGGCCCCUCCCAGGGCUCCUUCCAGAGCUCCUUCCAGGAGUACCCGCAGGGCUCGUACCCGGGCUCGUUCCAGGGCUCGGCCCAGGGGCCUCCGUCAUCGCAGGGGCAGGGCCACUCCUUCCAGUUCCAGAGCACGGGCACCAGCGGCUCGGGCGGGGUCACCAAGACGCCCUCGGGGGUCGAUGUGGGCGGUUCGAAGGACAAGUCGCCUCCCGUCGCAGGAUUCACGAACGCGGCGCAGGGCGCCUCCUCGGGCGGCAGGCCUCCUCAGGAGGCGCCUCGUCGGGGGGCCGCCCGACGGGCCGCCCUCCGACUCCGCCCUCGCCUCGUCCUCGGCCGCCGCAGGAAGCCCGCCCAAGAACGGCAACAAGGGGGAGGCCAACCUGAGCCUGGGGGGCUUCGGCGGCGCCUUCGGGCUGGGCGGCAAGGACAAGGUCAGCGCGGCGGCGCAGGAGGGUUCGGACCCCAGCAAGGACGCCGGCGCGAAGCCCUCGAACCCCUCGUCGCGCGGCAAGAACGCAGGAAACAAACAAACAUCUCCCUGGACGACGAUGGUGUUGCUCCUGCCGCUCGCCUUGCACGCCAUUCCCCGUUAGCUGGGAGCGAGGCAGCUCGAGGCAGCCGAUCCCGGACCCAAAAAACUGUGAUUAGGGAACAAGGCGACAGGUGCUCUAGGUCCGCCCGCAAUAAGAGACAAAAUACAUCGCACUGUUUUCUCCCAACAUUCACUACUCAUUGCCAUUGUUAACCGUACCCAGAGUAGGUUAGACGAAAUAAAAUGUUAGGAUGACAGUUACUCUCUUCAGUCCUUCAUUGUUAGGCUUGAGUAUCUACGUUGGUAAUAUAUUUCGAAUAGAAUUAAGAGGAACUAAUUAAUAAUGAUGAUAAUGAUAAGCAUAAAUGAUAAUAAAUUACCAGGAAGCAAACUCUCAAUUUCAGAUUAAAGGAAAUUGAAUACAGCAUAGAAUGGAUGCUGUGUGAGAUCUCUGUAAAGAUAGUAACAACAACCAUGAGUUGAACAAGUCAAUAGAUCAUGUCUCCCAGAGCAUACUCUUAAAGGAAAGAGAAAAGGGAUCCUCUUUCUACCUAGGAAGACGA